UGGCGGCCCUCAGGAGGAAUGGCAGUUGUGGGCAGCAUGCUUGGCCUGUUGCAGCAGCAUGUGGUGAUAGGGGCUGCCCCUGUGGUCCGCUGCCUGCACAUAUCUUCGCGUUGGGCUGACAGCAGCAGAGCUUCGCUCACUCGUGUGCACAGACAGGCCUAUGCACGCCUCUACCCCAUGCUCCUGGUCAAGCAGGAUGGCUCCACCAUUCACAUCCGCUACCGGGAGCCCAGACGAAUGCUGGCGAUGCCUGUGGACCUGGAUGCCCUGUCCCCAGAGGAGAGGCGGGCACGGUUCCGCAAACGGGAGGCCCAGCUCCGAGGGAAGGAGGAGCAGCAGCCAGAGCUCCUUGACAACUUUGACCUGGAGCGGUACAAGCAGUUUUGGACCAAGAAAUGAUCAUACCCACAAGCUGCCCUGGCUCAGGAUGCUGUAGAAGGGGAGGGCAUUCAUCUUUAAAUUGAGUGUCAGGAUUUUAAAA